GACUGGCAACGUCACUGUCGUCGUCGUCGUUGCCGUCGCCGCCGUCGUCAUUCUUAAAAUUCCGUCGUCGUCGUGAAAGUAGUGUCAGCGAAAAAAAACAAAAAACAGUCGUGACGGUCACGCGUUAUUUCUCGAAGGUGUCGUCGUGUAUGAGGUUGGUCGCGUGCGCGCGAAUUCAACCGCGAGAUCUCGUUCACGAUUCACGAGAGCGCGUGCGAGUGAGUGAGAGAGAGAGAAAAGAAGGAGAGGAGAGGAAAACAUAUAUAUGUAAAAGGCCCGUGAGGGACGCGGCGCCGUGUCAUCCUUUCUUUUUUUUUUUUUAAUUAAAAAUCCCUUGGUGUGCUCCGCGCGCGCGCGCGCGCAUCUUCCGCGGAACCACCGUCGGAUCUCGUCUGGUCUCAUCGCCACUCCGCUCCGUAUCCAUUCCGCUCCGCUCUGCUCCGCGCUGUGCCGUUGAUGCGCGGUGUGCCUGCAGUGCAUAGUGUAUACACGUACGAGGCCGCGUGCGCGCGCGCGCGCGCGUCCGCUCGCGCGUGCUACGUGGUGUAUGUAUGUGUGUGUGUGUGUGUGUGGUGUGUGUGUAUGCGUGUGUGUGUGUCCGCGGUGAGUGCCUUCGUGUUUGCGCUUCUGUGUAUCGAGAAGAGAGUGCGUUACGGUUCCAACCGAGGUGAGCUUUUUAGUACGAAUAUUGUCGGGCCAGCGAGCGAGAGUGCGGCCGACGCGAGACGCGCCGCGCGUUUACCGGCAUCCUACGAUUUCCGCUUCGUGUCAUCGUGUUUUUAUUGUGUCGUAUCCGUAGUCGUUGUUGUCAUUAUCGUCGUCGUCGUCGUCGUGUGAUCGUCGUGUGAUCGUGUACCAGUCUCCCGGUUCUCCAGUCCCUCCCCUCCGCCGUCUGUCAGUGUCGCAGUUAACGACCCGGUGCAUCGUGACCGCGGUGAGCCUGCGGUCUCCCCGGGUGGCUCGCGGUGGUCCCCGUCGUAAAAGAGUGCGCCAUGCGAGAGAGGGAUAAAUCGGUGACUGGCAGGCGGCGGCCAUCUUCCAGAUGAGUUUUUCCUCCUUUCUUCCGAUAAACGAAGCACGCUAUGCCGUGAAAGAGAAGGACAGCGAAGACGAGAGAAAUCGUAAAAAAGAGAGAGACCUUCCCCUCCUUGAUUGAUAGAGAACGAGAGAAAGAGAGAAAGGACGACAAGAAAAAGAGAAGGGAGAACAAGAAGGUGCGAGAGGGAAGGAAAUUUGUCCGCGUCUAUCAUAUAUGCGACGAGAGAUGCGGUGAACGGCGCGUGCUGCUCGGCGAAGUCACGAAAUUUCACGAGCGCGUGUCGCCACUUCGACCAGGCCUUCGCUUCUCCGUCUGUGAGUGUGAGAAAGAAGAAAACGGCCGCUCUCGUGCGAGCGAGAGAGAGACAGCAGACAUAUUAGGAAGUGUGCUGCCUUGCCGCGCGUGUACGAGAAAGAGAGAGACGAAAGGACGGCAGAGAGCGAAGGCAGAGCGGAAGACAGAGAGAGAGAGAGAGAGAGAGAGAGAGAGAGAGAGAGAGACGGGUGCGGGGGAAGAAAACGGAAGCAGCGGUGCUGAGUGAAAAGAACACGGAGAGGCCUGACCCCCUAUCGCCGCGCGUUUACUUCGUAAUCGCGUCGUUUUCGCGAGAACGCGAGAGACCGGUGGAAGGAAGAGUGAAGAACAGGAGUACAUAAAAGGAGUCGAAGGAGAAAGAAAGAAGGAAGAAACAAGUGAGUCGCGCCGCACAUUCGCCGGGGGACGGUCGUGUCUCCCGUCUCUGCUUCGGAUCUUCGACGAGUGCGGUUUAGUUUGGAGAGCGGUGAAUCGAUUUACUCGCUGUGUGUAACCUCCAAGUCUCCGGCUGGACGUCGCGAGAAGACUGGGAGGCGGCUGCGGGAGAGAAGAGGGAGGGACGAAGGGUGGAAGGCAGGCAGGCCUCGACGACCCGAGCCAUCGCCUUGUCGUCGCCGUCGCCGUCGUCGCCGUUGUUGUCGCCGCCUCGCCUCGUCUCGUCUCGUUUCGUCUCGCCUCACCUCGUCUCUCACGUUCGGAUCUCUCGCGUCUAUCACGCAAACUUGAGCCGUUUUUUCGAAAGCGGUUUUUUUGAAGUCUGUUGGAGAUACCAAGCGACCGGAGCUAAUCGCGGCUGAUAAUUCGUGCUCACGCCGCGGAUGUCGAUUCCCAGGGUGGAUCGCAUUGCAGAAAGGAAAUCCUCGCGUACCGUUGCCGGAAGUGGCUCACCGGGUGGCCGGGUGUUGAUCGGAAGUGCGCGAAAACCUUACGGAUGGUCUUCGCGGUGCGGCCCACCCGGUACAUCGGCGAUCGAGAGAGUGUAGUGUGAGAUCAAUAAUGAGACAGGUGCUCUCAUUGGUGUAAAGCGAUGCGGCGGAGCUGAGAGUUUUGUCGGGCGGCACUAGGGCUCAUGAAAAGUGUAUCCGGCGCGCGUAACGACGUCGUCGCCGUCAAGGACCAACGUGCCGCGAGACAUUCGAGCGAGUUGGAUCAGUGUAAUUAUAAUGUAGUGCCAACUCUGCAGAUGGAUAAACAGGGAUGACUGAUAAUUGCUGGAACUCUGGUGGUGGCGCUGGCGUCAAGAUGGAGCACUUUCAGGCCACCCUGGACCCAAGGAAGCAGGAGUUGUUGGAGGCCCGCUUUCUCGGAGCGAGGAUGUCUGCUGGGUCACAAAUUCAGAUGGCACCCCAAACAACCGUAAACUCUGGUCAGACAGUUCAUAGUCAAGACUCGAACAUGAGCACUGGCUCAUCGCAUAGUGAUAAGGAGGUGGAUGCAAACACUCCGGAAAAAGUACCACGGACUACUUCUGAGAGGAAAAGAAAACGUAAAGCCGAUGAUGGAGGUGGAGGUGUCGCAGGUGGCUCUGUAGCUAGUAAGGGCGCUAGAUCAGUUGCUGCUCUUGAUAAUAAGAAGAUCAAUGAGUAUUUUCCAAAGCAUCAUCUGGGCAGUAGCCCUAUUCGGCACGGUGGAGCUAAGAGCCCUUCUCCUCAACAGGGUUAUCCUAUGUAUCCACCAUCACCACAACAGUUACUUUCGCCACAAGUAACAACACCUAAUUCUUCGGUGGCGGAAUUCUCUUCAUUGAUGCAGCCACCGAGACCUCAUCCUCAACCUCCACCACCUCCUCCACCAGCUUCAUCGCAACCUGCGGGCUCUAUGGUCAGCAAGCAGGUGCAGGUAAGGCCUACCAACCUCAAUAGGACAAGCCAGGUCAGGCAAGCGAAGACUAACACCCCAAAUACAGAACUUACUUGCCAGAGGAUACAGGAAUUUGAAACUCAAGCCUCUUCAGACUUAGAAUUACGUAACAAUAAAAUUGAUGAGUUAAAUAGGACAACGGACGAACUUAGGCAUCAAAUCGCUAAUCAACAGAAAGUGCUUGAGCAGCACAAAUCACAUAUAAAUAAGUGUAUAGACGUUGUAAAGAAGUUAUUAAAAGAAAAAUCAAACAUAGAAAAAAAGGAGGCUAGGCAGAAGUGUAUGCAAAAUAGACUGAGGUUGGGUCAAUUUGUGACGCAAAGGGUGGGUGCGACGUUUCAAGAGAACUGGACCGACGGUUAUGCAUUUCACGAGCUUGCACGACGGCAAGAAGAGAUAGCAACGGAACGAGAGGAGAUCGACAAGCAGAAGAAGCUGCUACUUAAGAAGAGGCCGUCGAACAGCGAGACAGGCAGGAAACGUAGUCAACCACAACCCUCCUUGCAUAAUGGUACCGAGGCGACGUUUUUGAAGCCAGAUGCAGUACCUGGGUCGUAUACGUGGCAGGAGUAUUAUGAAGCUGACGAAAUACUCAAGUUGAGGCAAAGUGCGUUGAAAAAGGAAGACGCAGAUUUGCAACUAGAAAUGGAAAAGCUCGAAAGGGAGCGAAAUUUACACAUUAGAGAGUUAAAGCGUAUUCAUAACGAGGACCAAUCGAGAUUUAACUCUCAUCCUGUUUUGAAUGAGCGGUAUCUCUUAUUAAUGUUAUUAGGAAAAGGCGGUUUCAGUGAAGUGCAUAAGGCAUUUGACUUAAAAGAGCAACGGUACGUGGCUUGUAAGGUGCAUCAAUUAAAUAAAGACUGGAAAGAAGAUAAGAAGGCUAAUUACAUAAAACAUGCAUUGCGAGAAUAUAAUAUACACAAAGCACUUGAUCAUCCUCGAGUCGUAAAAUUGUACGACGUAUUUGAAAUUGAUGCCAAUUCCUUUUGUACUGUUCUGGAAUAUUGUGAUGGCCAUGAUUUAGAUUUUUACCUCAAACAGCAUAAGACUAUACCCGAAAGAGAAGCGAGAUCUAUUGUUAUGCAAGUCGUAUCGGCAUUAAAAUACCUCAAUGAAAUAAAACCCCCAGUCAUACAUUACGAUCUGAAACCAGGUAACAUCCUGUUAACCGAAGGCAAUGUGUGCGGUGAAAUAAAAAUCACGGAUUUCGGUUUAAGUAAAGUAAUGGACGAGGAAAAUUAUAAUCCGGAUCACGGAAUGGAUCUAACGUCCCAAGGAGCGGGUACUUAUUGGUAUCUACCUCCUGAAUGCUUCGUCAUUGGCAAAAAUCCUCCUAAAAUAUCGUCCAAGGUUGACGUAUGGAGCGUAGGAGUUAUAUUUUAUCAAUGUCUAUACGGUAAAAAGCCUUUUGGUCACAAUCAAUCGCAAGCCACUAUUUUAGAGGAGAAUACGAUACUAAAAGCCACCGAAGUCCAGUUCGCGAAUAAACCAACCGUCAGUAACGAAGCUAAGAGUUUCAUAAGAAGUUGCCUAGCGUACAGGAAGGAGGAACGUAUAGACGUACUGACACUAGCUAGACACGAAUACCUGCAACCCCCAGUGCCAAAACAUGGCCGCCAAGCGAACAGCCAGCAACAGCAGCAACAACAACAGAUCCAGCAGCAGCAACAAAGCUCGUUCAAUAUCGGCAUGUUUAGUGGUAUGAACGCGUCGAGCAGUUCGUAGUGGAGAGGAAGGACUAAGGACAAAAUCCUCGAUAUAUACCAAUACAUGCCAAAUCUUGAGCGCUCGGACUGUGUACACCAUCUCAUCUUAGGGAAAUAACGAUUGCUAUAACCAAUUGUAAAUACUAAAACCGGAUACUAUCAUCGUCACCAACCACCAUCACUACUUACCACCCAUCACCACCACCACAAUUAUUAUCACAUCUACCACCGCCAUCACCACACCAUCACAACUAUACUUACAGGAUCGACUACAUAGGACAUUGCAAGAGAGAUGCGAGACUGGUCACCCGCAAGUCCAGGAGCUUGCGUCUUUCUACAAGCCACGCCACAUUAUUCAGCAUGACAAGAAACAAUGUUGUGUUCGUAAAUAUUCAAUUGUAUUAUCGUUCCUUGUAUCAAACAGUGCGAUGACUUGAUAAUAGUGUUUAAAAGAAACAAGAGAGCGAGAGAGAACGAACGAGCGUGCGAACGAGAAAAUAACAUGUGAUAAGUCAUUACGAGAUAAAAGUGACGUCUAGAAUAAGAGGGGAGGGGGGAAAUAGAGCAUGUAUGAAAGAGAGAAAGAGAGCGCAAGAGCGUCAAGUAAAAUGAGAAAAUAAAGUAAAAUGAAUUUUUUUUUCGAUGGAAGCAAAAUAAAGUUGAUGAGAUAAAGGAAGCAACGAAGAAUAGGAGAAAAAAGUAGGAAGAAGUCGAGAAAAGCAAUCGGAGCAAUCGCUUUCACGGAGAUGACGUUUCUCUCUCCCAGCGUUUUAGUGUG